CCUUUCGAUUGGGACAAAUCGCAUGACGCCGCUUUCACCCAAAUAAAGAAAUUGAUCACAGAACCGCCAGUCCUCAAGUACUACGAGUCGACCAAACCCCUGAUAAUACAGUGUGACGCUAGCGACCACGGCCUGGGGGGCGCACUCAUUCAAGAGGGAAAGCCUGUCGCAGUUGCAAGCCGAGCACUGACGCACGCGGAGAUACAAUACGCUCAGAUAGAAAAGGAACUGUUAGCUAUAGUUUAUGGAACCGAGCGUUUUCACCAGUAUACAUAUGGCCGACCAGUCACAGUAGAAUCAGACCACAAGCCGCUCGAAGUCAUUCAUCAGAAACCUCUGUCAGCAGCACCUAGACGUCUUCAAAAGAUGAUGAUGAGAUUACACCAAUAUGACUUAACCAUCGUUUAUAAGAAAGGGUCAGAGAUGCUGCUAGCUGACACACUUAGUCGUCACCAUUUAGACAACUCCACCGACGAAGCACGCAGCGUCAACAGCGAUCUCGACCAAAUGGACAGUUCGGAAGACAUCAACGAAAUACUAAAUUGUGAACCAACAACCAUGCAUACUCCAAGAUCACACAACGAAAGAUCAAGACCUACAGCAAGUCAAAUCAUUCAUCCAGUCAGGAUGGCCCGAAAGCUCCAAAGAUCUAUCUCCAACAAUCACCCCGUACUUCCAUCUACGAGACGAACUAACAACACAAGAGGGCCUCGUGUUUAG